GAUUUACUUCAACAACAGACAACAUAGAAUACAAAGAAAUCCUACAACACAAACGGUACUCUUGCUGGACAGGACCGCUGGACGCAUAGUACCCAAUAAAUCAGGUUGCUAUUUCAAUGGAUACUCAAUUACUGGGUGUUUUGCAUCACUAGGCUCUCUGAUUCCCAUAGAUGUAAAAUGCUGUUAUGGUCUCUUAUCUUCUUCGCACAUUGUUACAGUACUUAGAGUGUGGACUUGAAGUGCAAGCUGUAGGGAUAUGGCUUUCAGGGUAGCCACACUAAGGAGCUGCCGGGACAACGGAAAAAACGUGGGACCCACAUCCGGCUACCAUAACUUUGCUCACGCCAUUGCACAACCAAUUCCAAUGGACAGCAUCAUCUUUGGCAAUCCCAUAGCGCCAAUAAAGGCCCAGUCUGCAAAUCAGGAAAGGAUUUAAGGGAACAUUGAUUCCAAGAUAUCACUUUCUUCAAUGGGUCUAUGUAACUAAUGGCCGUCCCUAAAAAGAAGCUUCAUCCUCUGACAACUUCCUUAACAUGACAAUUAAUUUUGAACACGCUGAAAGUACCAUUACAUAACCUUUUCAAAUUGCUAAAGCAGGUUACUUGUCACAAGAGUUACUCCAAAGCUAUUGCCAAUGAAUCGCAGGUUACUCGUCACAAGAGGGGGGAUACGAAAUGGACCAAAGGCAUUGAAACCUCAACCUCUAAUAAUCCGCUGCACGUAAGUACUUUCAAUAUCUCAUUGCACCCAAACUUGAAUGCCCCCUGCCAUAAAAAAGAACGACAAUCCCAGUAAAACCCCACGAAAGUAGGUAUUGGAGAGGGUGAUAUGUAUCCAAAACUCACCCCUACUUGGAAGUAUGCCUAUAAACUCUCAAACACAUUAUGUAAUUUAGUAGGGUUUGUGGCAGAGUGAAAUUACCACACUUGUUCUGUUGUUAAGUUCAUAUUAACACUUGCAUUUUUCUUAAAGUAAAAUUAAAAUAUCAAAAAAAAAUGUACUAUAUAUAUUAUAUUAUUUUAUUUUAGAUUAUGAAAUAAUUUUACCUCUUAGAUCUAUAUAAUUUGAAGCUCCAAACAAUUGAAAUACAAUCUAAGACGAAUAUUUAGGCUCGAGCUUCUCGAUGCUGUUAUAUAACCACUACCUUCAUCGCUCACAUCCGCCAUGUGAAACUUUGAACAAAACAAAUCAAUCACCCAAGAACUAAAACAUAAUAUAUAUAUAUAUAUAAUGUAUUUGUAGACUAAAACAUUUAAUUGUGGAACAGUCUCACUAGGAUUCCUUAGACCUUUUUGAUGAUCUUAGCCAAAAGGUCAAGAAACAUAGUAGAAAAUUUAUUUUUUAGUAGAUGAGUUCCACCACGUUAAAAUUUAAACACAACACAAUAACAAAAAAUAAUACAUAUAUACUUGGCUGGAGAGUCAUUUUGACAAUAUUCACCUUCGUAAGAGAUUUUCCUAUUUAUUAACCUCUUUCAUGUCCUAUUUGAUGACAUGGUUCAUGCCGAGUCACUUUAUUGGCUGGAGCUUGGCGGUACUUUCAACAAAAUGGAAAUUUCAACGCCUCCACCGAUCAACAAAAUGGAAAUUUCACCAUGUACCGGUAUUGGUUUUCCUCUUUUUGUCAGAUAUCUCCCAAAAAAGAAUUGGCUUAAUAUGAACUGCUGCACUCUACUCAAAACCACACUAUUACAAAUAGGUGCUUAAGGCCAUGUGACAUUCAGAUUCCACUAAACCGGCUGUAUUUACCAUGUCAAACGCCACAGACAAUGGUUGGCCUUCAUUCUUAAAGCAUGUUAAUGUCAUAUUCAUUCCUUUUGUACUUAUUCACAAUUUUUAAACAUGGGAAUAACUUAAUGCACCCCGGCAAUUGGUUGUUGGGUUAGGUUCUGGGUUUGCGGGUACAAUCCAUUGGAUUUUAAUUUUUAGGUCAGACUCUAGGUCGUGUUUUGAGUUAAGGCAAUUGCUUUUUACCAUCUUGUUUUUUGUUGUGGUUCUAAAUACUAUCAAAUUGUAUGAGCAGCACGACAGAUUUACUUCAACAACAGACAACAUAGUAUACAACGAAAUCCUACAACACAAACGGUACUCUUGCUGGACAGGACCGCUGGACGCAUACUACCCAAUAAAUCAGGUUGCUAUUUCAAUGGAUACUUAAUUACUGGGUGUUUUGCAUCACUAGGCUCUCUGAUUCCCAUAGAUUCUGCGCAUUCUGAGGCUGAGAUUAGCUAGGCAAGGUUGAUCAAAGAGGUGUGAAAAGUUCAUGCAGUAAGGUUACAUAUUUGCAAGAUCAUCAUAUUCACUUGAAUAAGACGUAAGGUACGGAAUAUUAACACCACAGCCUCCUCUUAUAAUUGGGUCUGGGACUCUGGGUUGGCCCAACAACUUGUGACUUCAUUUUUAAAAAAUUUCAGGUUACUUCGGGUUCGGACUACUUCAUGUUCGGGUCAAUGCGGGUUCAAGUAGAGAACUAUAUGUUCAUCACCAUUAUCAUUCGGUUUGGGUCGACCCAACGGGUUAUGACUUUGAUUUUAAACAAAUUUUAAGUUCAUAUUAACACUUGCAUUUUUCUAUAAGUAAAAUUAAAAUAUCAAAAAAAAAGAGUACUAUAUCUAUUAUAUUAUUUUAUUUUACAUUAUGAAAUAAUUUUACCUCUUAGAUCUAUAUAAUUUGAAGCUCCAAACAAUUGAAAUACAAUCUAAGACGAAUAUUUAGGCUCGAGCUUCUCGAUGCUGUUAUAUAACCACUACCUUCAUCGCUCACAUCCGCCAUGUGAAACUUUGAACAAAACAAAUCAAUCACCCAAGAACAAAAACAUUAUAUAUAUAUAUAUAUAUAUAUAUACUCCCUCUGGCCACAAAUAAACUUUACAUUGCGCGUUACGAUGUUUGACUGAAGUUAUUUUCAAAUCAUUUUAUAUGAAAAAUGGUGUAGAAUUGAAAAAUAAAAAUUACAUAUUAAAAAACUACUCCCUCUGUCCACCAUAGAUCUUCCCAGAUACUAUUCACAUGGUCAAACUUUACUCACUUUGUUUGCUCAAUUUUACUAGUCAUUUCAUAAAAUAAUAUAGUCUUGUCACCUCUAGUUUUGUAGAACUUUUCAUGUAGUUUAUUAGUAUAUAAAUUUUAUUUUAAAAUUUUACUCCUAUAAUCAAUUAAAUUGAAUUGAAAAUAAAGUCGGUCAAGCCUCGUAACGCGUAAUGGGAAGAUCAUACAUGGACGGAGGGAGUAUAUCAAAAGAUCUACAAAACUAGAAGUGACAUGACUAUAUUAUUUUAUUAAAUGAGUGUCGAAAAUAGGCCAACAAAGUGAAUAAAGUUUGACCAUGUGAAUAGUGAACGUAAAGUUUAUUUGUGGACGGAGGGAGUAUAUGUAUAUAUAUAUAUAUAUAAUGUUUUGUAGACUAAAACAUUUAAUUGUGGAACGGUCUCACUAGGAUCCCUUAGACCUUUUUGAUGAUCCUAGCCAAAAGGUCAAGAAACGUAGUAGAAAAUUUAUUUUUUAGUACAUGAGUUCGAUAUAUGUUUCACUUUCACACCUGUUGAUUCUCAAAUUAACUAAAGAAAUUAUGUUCAUCCUAUUUGCAGAGAGUGUGGACUUGAAGUGCAAGCUGUAGGGAUAUGGCUUUCAGGGUAGCCACACUAAGGAGCUGCUGGGACAACGGAAAAAACGUAGCACCCACAUCCGGCUUCCAUAACUUUGCUCACGCCAUUGCACAAAAAAUUCCAAUGGACAGCAUCAUCUUCGGCAAUCCCAUAGCGCCAAUAAAGGCCCAGUCUGCAAAUCAGGAAAGGAUUGAAGGGAACAUUUCUUACAGAUUCCAAGAUAUCACUUUCUUCAAUGGGUCUAUGGAACUAAUGGCCGUCCCUAAAAAGAAGCUUCAUCCUCUGACAACUUCCUUAACAUGACAAUUAAUUCUGAACACGCUGAAAGUAUCAUUACAUAACCUUUUCAAAUUGCUAAAGCAGGUUACUCGUCACAAGAGUUACUCCAAAGCUAUUGCCAAUGAAUCGCAGGUUACUCGUCACAAGAUGGGGGAUACGAAAUGGACCAAAGGCAUUGAAACCUCAACCUCUGAUAAUCCGCUGCACGUAAGUACUUUCAAUAUCUCAUUGCACCCAAACUUGAAUGCCCCCUGCCAUAAAAAAGAACGACAAUCCCAGUAAAACCCCACGAAAGUAGGGUUUGGAGAGGGUGAUAUGUAUCCAAAACUCACCCCUACUUGGAAGUAUGCCUAUAAGCUCUCAAACACAUUAUGUAAUUUAGUAGGGUUUGUGGCAGAGUGAAAUUACCACACUUGUUCUGUUGUGGCGGGAUUCGGCAAGAGGCAGCGCAGUAGAGGGAGAGGAUGAUGAAAUGAGGGAGUAGAUAUGCACUUUUCAUUGCUGAACCAGCACUUUNCCCCCUGCCAUAAAAAAGAACGACAAUCCCAGUAAAACCCCACGAAAGUAGGGUUUGGAGAGGGUGAUAUGUAUCCAAAACUCACCCCUACUUGGAAGUAUGCCUAUAAGCUCUCAAACACAUUAUGUAAUUUAGUAGGGUUUGUGGCAGAGUGAAAUUACCACACUUGUUCUGUUGUGGCGGGAUUCGGCAAGAGGCAGCGCAGUAGAGGGAGAGGAUGAUGAAAUGAGGGAGUAGAUAUGCACUUUUCAUUGCUGAACCAGCACUUUGAGUGAACCAUUAGCAAACAGUUCAAAGUCUGAUUUUUUUAAAAUAUUAAAACUACACUUUUUCUUUGAAGAUUUGCCAUUGGUGUUGUGUUCAAAUGGUUUGUUUAGUCAAAAAAUAUUCAAAGUAUUAGCUUUGUUUGACUUGUCAUAAUGUAAAACAGGUUACAUAUUUGCAAGAUCAUCAUAUUCACUUCAAUAAGACGUAAGGUAAGGA